GGCAGAUGGUUUUUGCACGCAUUUCGUUGCAGAUCCCAACCAUCUGAUAUGUCAUCAAACGCAACAACUGCACUGCUGCUUGGAGGAGAAAGGACGAGUGGAGAAUCAGUGCGAAAACAGAACGUUUUGGCCGCUUGCUCCAUUGCGAAUAUUGUCAAGUCCAGCUUGGGUCCCGUUGGGUUGGACAAAAUGCCCGGGGAUGAUGUGGGCGAUGUGACAAUCACCAACGAUGGGGCUACGAUCCUCAAACUGUUGGAUGUUGAGCAUCCAGCAGGCAAGAUUUUAGUGCAGCUUGCACAGCUACAAGACGAGGAGGUUGGUGACGGGACUACCUCGGUGGUUAUUCUUGCUGCUGCACUACUCAAGGGUGCUGAUGAGCUAAUUUCUCGUUUCGUACACCCUACAACCAUUAUCAAUGGCUACAGACUGGCUUGCCGUGAAGCUUGUAAAUACAUCCAGGAACAUUUAAAAAUGGAUGUGACGAAGCUUGGCAAGCAGGGUUUAGUGAGUGCGGCGCGUACGGCCAUGUCUAGCAAGCUUAUUAAUCUCCUGUAUGCUAUGGUAGUAUUCGGUUUCUCAUGUUAUAACUGUUAUGCUAUGUAUAUGUCACUUUCAUUAGAAUUGAUAGUUUUGGCCGCUUGCUCCAUUGCGAAUAUUGUCAAGUCCAGCUUGGGUCCCGUUGGGUUGGACAAAAUGCUCGUGGAUGAUGUGGGCGAUGUGACAAUCACCAACGAUGGGGCUACGAUCCUCAAACUGUUGGAUGUUGAGCAUCCAGCAGGCAAGAUUUUAGUGCAGCUUGCACAGCUACAAGACGAGGAGGUUGGUGACGGGACUACCUCGGUGGUUAUUCUUGCGGCUGCACUACUCAAGGGUGCUGAUGAGCUAAUUUCUCGUUUCGUACACCCUACAACCAUUAUCAAUGGCUACAGACUGGCUUGCCGUGAAGCUUGUAAAUACAUCCAGGAACAUUUAAAAAUGGAUGUGACGAAGCUUGGCAAGCAGGGUUUAGUUGUCGUUAAUGACCCGGAUCAAUUGGAAGCUAUAAGAAAGCGUGAACUGGACAUUACGAAAGAGCGCAUCCAAAAAAUCCUUGCUGCUGGCGCUAAUGUCAUUCUAACAACGGGAGGAAUCGACGAUUUGUGCAUGAAAUACUUCGUGGAAGCCAAUGCGAUGGCUGUGCGACGGUGUAAAAAAAGUGAUCUGAAGAAUAUGGCCAAGGCCACAGGCGGACAACUGAUUGUAAGCAUGUCUGACAUGGAGGGUGAGGAGGUAUUUGAUGCGCAGAAACUUGGAAAGGCGUCGGAAGUUGCGCAAGAACGGAUUUGUGAUGACGAACUGAUCAUUCUUCGGGGUCCGAAAGUACAUCCGGCGGCGAGCAUAAUUCUUCGAGGAGCCAAUGACUUUUACGUAGAUGAGAUGGAGCGCUCACUUCAUGAUGCAAUUUUGGUCGUCAAACGUGUGUUGGAAAGCAAGGAUGUUGUGCCUGGUGCCGGUGCUUGUGAAGCUGCCAUUUCCAUCUACUUAGAAAACUUUGCAGUUACACUGAGUUCUCGCGAGCAGUUGGCGAUUGCAGAGUUCGCACGCGCAAUGCUUUCUAUCCCUAAGCAGCUGGCUGUCAAUGCUGGACUUGAUUCAACCGAACUCGUUGCGCGGCUGCGCUCAUGCCAUAGUACGAGCCAGUCUAAAAAGGACCAAUCUCACUACAAAUGGUGGGGAUUGGAUUUGGACAAUCACCGUGUUAUGGACUGUGAGACAUUGGGGGUCUUCGAACCAAUGGUGUCCAAAAUCAAAAGUCUGAAGUUCGCAACGGAAGCUGCCAUCACGAUUCUGCGUAUUGAUGAUCUGAUUAAACUGAAUGAGGAGAAGGAACCACCUCAACAUCCUGACGACUACUAAAGACCAAGCUUUUGCUUCGCUUUUGUCGCUGUUGGACAGUUCAUGUUUUAUCAUCCACCCAAGUACACUUCGAACUAUGUUUGGUCGUUUGUGAGUACCGUCUUCAGACUCAUUUCGCACGCUUCCCAUACCAGCCUGUUGGGAGUCCCUGUAAGAU